AUGACUACACCAGACAUCAUGUCAAACAAUACCCCUCCACCACCAAGAGCUCAACAAUCAACUAUUCGAUCAUUUUUCCAACCAAAACAACCUACAUACACUCCACCACCAGGGACAUCACCAAUCACAACUCCAAAUAACAAUGAGAAUGGAAAUCCAAAUGCAAGACAAGAGAUACAUCCACCUCAACCUGCAUCAGGUCCACCAAAUUCUACCAAUAUCUCUCCACCAAAAUCGGUAACUACCGCUACCCCAGAUUCUAUAGAGUCUUCAAGGAAGCUUCCUCCAGGUUAUAAAAUCGAAAUCCCACAAGAUCAUCAUAUACAACCUCUACGUCGCAUCAACGCUUUACUCCUUCCAGUCGCAUACCCCGAUGCAUUCUACCAUGCUAUUACGUCUCCUCCUUCUGCGUCAAUACCAAUACCUCUCUCUUUCUCAAGAGUAGUUACAUAUACAUCAGAACCCAACUCUGAACCAAAAGUAGUCGGUUCUAUAAUCUGUCGAAUCGAUCCUUCUCCUCCAUCCUCUCCGAAUGCUCAACCGCCGGCAAAUACAUACAGUAUAUAUCUACAAUCUCUCACUCUACUCUCGCCCUACCGUAGCCUCGGUCUCGCAACCGCUCUCCUAAAUUCCGUUAUCGAAUCCGCUACAUCUACUCGAAUACCUCUUGGAGUUAAAAUAGAAGGAUUGUACGCACAUGUAUGGAUUGAGAAUCGAGAAGCAUUAGAAUGGUAUAACAAACGAGGAUUCGAAAAGGGGGAAUUGAUUGAGGGAUAUUAUAGGAGAUUGCGACCACAAGAAGCAUGGGUAUUCCGACGAAGAUUUUCAGUUCAAGAUCAUAUUUCUAGACAACCACAAGCAAAUCUUAGCCCAACCCUAAAUUUAAUCGGAAGUGCAAGUACGAAUUCAUCACCUCCUCCUCCAACAGCAUCGGGAACAACAAGGCCACUACCAUCCAAACAUACAGCAUCAUUUCAAGAUCGCAGACCAGCUAGAGAAUGGAAUGAUUUACCCGAAGAAGUAUUUUUAAGGCCUAGGGAAGAUCAAAGUAAAGAGAGUUCGAGGAGUAGUAGUCGAAGUGGGGGUGAGGGAAAGGGUGGAAAGAAGAAGAGAAGUUAUCCUGCUGCUGCUUUUGGGGGCGUUUAA